GAGGGAUCUGGACAAAUUGGAGAGCUGGACAAUCACCAGCCAUAUGAAGUUUAACAAGGGUAAGUGUUGGGUUUUGUACCUGGGACACGGCAGCCUUUGAUGUCCAUACAGACUGGGGAGUGAGAGGCUAGAGAGAAGCCCUGUGGAAAGGGAUCUGGGGGUUCUGGUUGACAGUGAAUUGAAUGUGAGCCAGCAGUAUGCCCUGGCAGCCAAGAAGGGCAACUGUGUCCUGGGGUGCCUCAAGCACUCCAUUGCUAGCCAGUCAAAGGAACUGAUUGUCCCGCUCUGCUCUGUGCUGGUGUGGCCCCACGUGGAGUACUGUGUGUAGUUUCGGGUGUGACAGCAUGAAAAUGAUAUAAAGUUCCUGGAGAGCGUCCAGAGGAGGCCAUUAAGUUGGUGAAGGAUUUGGAGGGGUAACCGUAAGAGGAGCAGCUAAAGUGACUUGGUAUGUUCAGCCUGGAGAAGAGGAGACUGAGGGGGGAAUUCAUCAUGGUACACAGCUAUGCAACUUCAUCACAAGGGAGGGGGGAGGAGCAGAUGCUGAUCUUUUCUCUCUGGCGACCAAUGUUAGUACCUGAGGGAAUGGCAGGAAGAUGUGCCAGGGGAGGGUUAGGUUGGAUAUUAGGAAAAGAUUCUCCACCCAUAUGAUGGUGGAGCACUGGAACGGCUCACCAGGGAAGCAGUCGCAGCACCAAGUCUGACAAUAUUCCACUAGCAUUUGGCCAAUGCCCUCAGACCCAUGGUGUGAAUGUUGGAGUUGUCCUGUGCAGCAGGGACAGGAGUUGGGCUCAGUGAUCUUUGUGGGUCCCUUCCAACUCAAGGUUUUUCCACCGUUCUAUAAGAUAAAACAGUUUUGUCUGUGCUCAUGCUUCAUCUAGGUCCUAAUAUGUACGGCUGCAACUAUGAGCAUGUUUUUAAGAAAAUAUAGAAAAACACUAAAAAAAUAAGAGCUAAGUUCAGUUCAGCAGAUCAGAGUGCCACCGCAGGAACCUCCCAUUGUUAUCGAUUUGAUAACUUUUUGGUAGCAACUUCCUUUCAUAAAAGCUUCUGAACAGCUGGUGUUCAGAAGCAAAGCUAUACAAACCUAGGUUGGUUUUGAAUUUUUUAUUUUUAUUUUAAAAACCUUGACAUUUUAUAAAUGGUGCGAGUAAUAUUGUAAGACCUCCCACAUAAGGAUUUAAAAAUAGUGUAACUUCAGUCUUGAGCUUCUUAAGUAAUAAUAAAAGGAAAAGUCUCACUGAAUAAAUAGAAGCAAGUCACAGAGCAGCUGUGGGUUUACCCCACAACAAUCUGGUGACCUGACUAAACCUAUGACUAUGUCUUUAUUGCAGGAAACCUGAGAUUUACAGGAAGUGACAAUGGUUAGAAUGGUGAAAUAGAACACAGAUCUUGUAUCACCCUUCAGUACAAGCUGUCAUCUUAUAUGUCUUCUGGAAAGGAAAGCAUGAUUCAUUUCUCAAUAGGGAAAAAAAUAUGUUCCAAACAUCAGGCACACACCUUGCCAGUGUGUUUAUAAUUGCAUUUUGAUUGUUAAAAUAUGUUGGCAUCACUUGCCCUAAGCAAGAAUUAAUUGUAUUUUCAGAAAUAAAAAUAAAUAGCGUAAAAGUAGAAGAAUAAUAGGAAACUCACUCUGCCUAAAACUAGUUCUCAUAAUGAUAUAUUUAGGGUCUUUUACAAUUUCUUUUGCAAUUCCAUUUUACUCUUAACCUUGAUCAAGCUCUGAAUAUUCUCGUGUCCUAACCACUAGGUUGUACCCUGCAUCCAAUUAACAGUGUAAUAUUGAUGAAAUAAGAGAUGUCUGAGUUGAUGUUUCUGUUACUUUUCUUCACCAAAACCAUUGGCAGAAGGAUCAGAAAGGCAAUUAGUUAUCUUGGGGGAGAAAGGAAAUUUUGGUUUUUCCUCCCUUCAGCUGUAGGAACAAAUUUUUCACUAAAACAGUAGGAAAAAAUGUACAAGGGUGUCAACAGAGACUUAAUAGCACAUAAAAGUAUGCAAUAAAAUAAUCACAUUCAAAAGUGUAAGUGCAGUACAUUUGAAAAAAACACAUCUUGUGUCUCCCGGUAUGUUGCCUUACAAGGUUAGUAUCAUUUUCUGCCUGCACUUGAAUUUCCUUUGUCAUGGGGGCUUGGAGGCAGUGGGGUGUUGGUGGGGUUUUGAGUUUUUUUUUGUUUUGGUAUAAAUUAAGAACGGAGCAAAUGAGGCUGACUGAGCAAGAUUAGAUAGCCACUGUUUAUCCCUAUAUUGUUUAAAGAGAAUGUUGCUCUGUGGAAUUUCUGGGAUUCCUUUCAUGCUUAGUGAAAUUUUUUCAUUUCUUUUUGCUCUGGAAUUAUGUGUGGUAACGUUUCACCAACUCUUGUAGAUAUUUUGUAAUUAUUGUGUACUAGCGUGGAAGCUAAAUAUUCAAAAUUAAAUACAAAAUUUAUGGUCUUACAAAAUCCUACUAAAGUCGUUAAACAGUUUGGAAAACAGGGUCCUUUAUGACAACAAAAUUAAAGUGCGUUACUGAAUUUAGAAACACAUGACCUAGAAAAGAGCUAUUUGUCCAUGGUUUUACUAAUGUCCUAACCAGCCAGCUAUGUUUUCCUUUUAUCUCCCUGAAAAUCGUAUGCCUUUCUUCCUGACCAUCUUGCAAUCUGAAAGUACCUAUUUAAAGCAAGCCAAUAAACAAAAGAUGUCAGUGGCUGAGCUUGUCCUCACCUCACAUAAGAAUGUUGUCUGUGGCGUUAGCAUUCCUCAAAGAAAUUUGUCAGUGGUGUGUCCAUUAAAUCUUGAGAUUUUUCAAUCAAUGUUACUCCACAAGAUGCUUUUAGUUGCUGUAAUACCACCAUUCUUUAGAUGUUUACUUGUCAUCCAUAGCCUGCAAUAUUUUCUCAAUAAUGAAAAACCUGCAGUAAAGUAAAUAAUAUAGCAGAGUAUCCCAGUGGAGGUUAGAGAGUUUUCACAACAUCAUUUGCAGAUUAGCAAGUGUGUUGUUUAACAGAUCAUGAAGUGACAAAUUCCAGGAUUUCGGCUUCUGCAGUGUAAUGGUGUAUGUCUCUGAAUAGCCAUUUUGUUUUGUUUCAAAGUUAAUCACUGACACAAAAUUCAUAGUGGCUUCCAAAACAAUGUCUGGUCCAAAACAUUGUGUGUCUUACUAAUAGUACUUGUUCUAACUUAAAUGCUUUUAAAAUAUUUCUAGGAAUGUAUUGUACUUCAACAUAGGUAAUACUGCUGCUGUGGCCUACUUUUCUGCAGGACAGUAUUUUUGGGUUUGCAGUAAGUAUUAAAAAAAAAAGAAAAAGAAAAGCUUUGACAUUUCUGGUAUUACUAUGCACCUCGGUUCACUCUAAGAUUUAUCUUCUUUCAUUUGCUUAAGUGCAGUUGGCAUCCUAGCGCUUGGGGUUUUUUUUUCUUUUGUUCAAAGUAGCUUUUAGAAACUCUCCAGCUAUCUUGACCAGUUUUGUUUUGAGAAUAAAUUUAAAGACAAAGAAUUAAUACUUUAAAAGAAAAAUUCUUCAUCCCUUCAAUGACAUAGCUUAUCAUGACAAAGUGGCGUCAUAUUACACAAAUACACUUACAUUUGCUGUUACAUAGCUUACAGUAUCAGAAACAGCAAAGUUGUCUGAAAGAAAUUUGAAUUCUUCUGGAUUGAUAGGUACAGUAUGUUCCUUACUCUGGCAUUUGUUACAGGACUUACUCUGUCUUACAGAAGCCGAUCUUAGAAAAGUGGGAAUUGAAAAUCGAGGCCACCAAACACAUUUCCAAUAUCCUGCUGCUUCAGGAGAUAGAAACAAAAAGAGAGGGAAACUGUAGAGUCAGAGGGUGGGGCCUGCACCUUGCCUGGGCUUGUCCCAAUAUGGAAUCAAGAUGCAUCCAAAAUUCAGAACCAAAAAUGAUAGCUGCAGGAAAAUUUUCAAGUCUUCCCAGAGAUGACCCGGUGAAUCAUCAAUUCUCAUUAGCUUCUUCCAUGGACCUUUUGACCACUAAACCUUCACCAACUGAGCAUCGCUCAGACUCCUUUCAAGACAUCUCUAUCCAUGGCACUCUCCCCAGGAAGAAGAGGGGGACAGUUCCCACUAGGUCUUGUGAUAUGUUUAGCCACAUGGGAAUGUUGCCGUAUACAAGAACACAACAGCAGCAGCCACUUUUUGUACAGGAUGUUGUAGAAGAGUACCCUCUGCAAAAAGAGAAGAGCGACAAACUCCACGCCAGGGAUCGGAAUAUUCUGGAUCUUACUUUGGAAUAUGUUAAGUUUUCUAGGGAGAGGCAAGGUAUGGAAAACAGCCCAGAAAAACUGAAGAAGGAGUUAGAGGGAGAACUGCAGCUAAGUAGUGAAGACUUGCGUAGCCAUGCCUGGUACCACGGACGUAUUCCUCGCCAGGUGGCAGAAGGCCUGGUUCAGAGAGAUGGAGAUUUUCUGAUUAGAGAUUCUCUCUCCAGUCCUGGGAACUUUGUGCUUACCUGUCAAUGGAAGAAUACCUCUCAGCAUUUUAAAAUCAACAGAACAGUUCUAAGACUCAACGAAGCCUACUGCCGUGUUCAGUAUCAGUUUGAACUUGAAAGUUUUGACACUAUCCCUGGCUUAGUUAGAUACUAUGUUGGGAAUCGCUCACCAAUAUCCAAGCAGAGCGGAGCAAUUAUUUUUCAGCCUGUCAACAGGACUGUGCCUCUCAGGUGUCUAGAAGAAAAGUACGGUGUAACUCCAGUUCAGCAAAAAGAACCAAGUAUGCCUGAAGGGAAAACAGAAACUGCAAAAAGGCUGAGUCUUGGUAUAUCUGUCAUGCAAUCCCCGGAGCAGAGCAUACCUAGAGGAAAUCUUUUGAGAAACAAAGAAAAAAGUGGUAGUCAGCCAGCUCAUUUGGAUCAUGUUCUGGAGAAAAGAUUCCCUCUAAAGGCUCACCAAUCAGAGAGCUAUCUGCUAAUAGGUUCAAGACCUCCACUGCAGUUACGUGAAGCAGAUGCAGACUCAUGUGCAAGCUCUCCUGCAUUUAGAACAGGCAGUGAACCUUCUCUAAGCCCAGCAGUUGUUCAGAAAGGCACCUCUGAGUCACAAGUUGGGGAAGCUCUCAGAGGAUCAGACAGCCAGCUCUGUCUGAAGCCACCACCUAAACCCAGCAAAGUGCCCCUGAUGAAGCCCCCGGAUUCUCCUUUAAUUUCCCACAGUUCAGAAGGACACUAUUGUGAACUAAGCCCUGCCAGAGAUCCUGCAGCAACAAAACGACAUUUAUGUCAGAAAAACAGCUAUGUGGAACAUUUGACGCAAAAGGAGAGGGCAACACACUCCUUCAGGAACUCUGAAACAAACUACUUGAUCCUGGAUGAUGACCCUCCAGUGAACUCUGCCAAUCCUUUAGAAGCUUCAGCUGAGAUGGCUGAAGAAGACAGCAUCUUUUCUGCACCUGUUUUUGAGACGAUGUCUAGUUUUAAACCGAAUGAUUUUGAAUCCAAACUGCUUCCUCCAGAAAACAAGCCGUUGGAAACAUCAAUGUUAAGAAGAGUCAAGGAGCUUUUCACCAACAACAAUCCAAAGACUAUUGCGCAGCAUAUUCUUAGAAUGGACUGCAAGGUGGCAAGGAUCCUGGAAGUUUCUGAAGAGAUGAGGAGGAUUAUGGGAGUGAACUCUGGCCUAGAACUGAUUACCUUACCUUACGGACAUCAGCUGCGCCUUGAUUUAAUUGAAAGGCACAAUACCAUGGCAAUAGGAAUAGCUGUGGAUAUCUUGGGUUGUACAGGAAAUGUAGAAGAUAGAGCAGCAACACUGAACAGGAUCAUCCAAGUCGCGGUGGAGCUGAAGGACACACUAGGGGAUUUGUAUGCGUUUUCUGCCAUUAUGAAAGCACUGGAAAUGCCACAGGUCACUAGGUUAGAACAAACCUGGACCUCUCUAAGACAUCAUUACACACAGACUGCCAUUAUGUAUGAAAAACAGCUGAAGCCAUUCAGCAAAGCUUUGCAUGAAGGACAAGAUGAGUGGACUAAGCCUGAUAGUGCUUCACAGCACAACGUAACAGUGCCACUGCUGAUGCCUCUUGUGACCCUGAUGGAGCGACAAGCUGUCAUUUUUGAAGGCAUGGACCUGUGGGAAAGCAGUGACCAAAGCUGUGAAAUAAUGCUCAAGCACUUGGCCACAGCUCGUCAGAUAGCACAGAAUGCGGAAAUGUACAGCCUGACUGCAGGACGGAUGCUGAAAGGUUUCCAGCCAGAUGAAGAAAUGAGUGAAAUCUUCAAGACAGAAUUUCAAAUCAGAUUGCUCUGGGGCAGCAAAGGAGCACAAGUUAAUCAAAACGAGAGAUAUGAGAAAUUCAGCCAGAUUUUAACUGCGCUUUCCCGAAAACUAGAACCUCCUCCAGUGAAGCAGGUGGAACAAUUAAGUAUAUGAGUCAGUAAACAGUGUUUUAAUUUUAUACUUGAAAUAACCUUGGCUCUCCUUUGGUAAUUUGAUACUGCAUAAGCUUCUUGCAUUUCACAAGCUGUUCAGAACUUUUAACUGCACAAUGCACACUUGUUUUAAAACUACUGAUUUCUAAACAAAUUAUUUAUUUAGUAGUCACCAUGUCAUUCAAUGAUCCCUUUAAACAAUCAGGUUAAUCCUGUAAGAUAGUCUUACAGCUUUCUGUAUUUCCCCAGAUUGCAGUGUUUUGAUAAUGCCUAGGAGUAAGGGCAUUGGCAUCUUAAAACUGAAAUGAAGCAAAGAGUGUAAAUAUAAUUAUAGAUUAAGUAUGUGACAUUGCAGAAAAAUUGUUGUAUAAUAGUCUUUUAAUGAAUAUAAAACAGUGUACAUAGAAUUGUGCAUUAAAGACUGUCUCUUUGCAAAAUAAUUUGCAUAGCUGCAGAUUGCAGAAAUGAUUCUUUAUCUGUGACCGUAAGGCUCAAAUAUCAAUGGACCUGCAAAAUUAAAUCAUUUGUGCAUGUGUUGGGACAACUUACGGGUUUUUUUUUAAAGAUGGCAUCUGUAGUACUUUGGCCUUUGCUGGAGCCUGCACAACAGGGAAUGGAUGAUGAAAGGGCAAGAACAAUCAAUCCAAGUAAUUAAAAUGCUUUCAGAUACAAGUAAAUGUGUGGGUGUAGAUAUAUAUUAAACUUGCUUCAUUUACUGACAUGAAUCGCUUUGGUAAGUAGUAUUUUGUUUUUCCCCUCAGAUGAAGGCAAACCACAAGCUAUUAGCAUUUCUCAGAGGAAAUCAGCAUGCACAGUGUUUAUAUAAAGAGUGCUUUACCAGCAACUUCCUCGUUGUCACAUACAGAAUUGGUGAAUAAGCAUUAUCCUCAGAAAUCAUUAACUAUUUAAGCAAGAACUACGGUCAGAGCUGCAUGUGCUCAUUGUUGGUAAGGCUCUUGCUGGAGUGAGGUGUUACUUACAGCAUUUGAAAGCAUUUGAGUAGGCUAACAC